CUAUUCUUGUUACUUUUUGCCUGCCCCGGCUUGUGAAAAUGCCGUCAAUCCUCCAGGUCUCGAAUAUCCUUCACUACAGCUGCUCGUUAGUAGCUGUAGUUUUUGUUUCGGUUGUCACUAUUGUUAAUGCUGCUCGUACCACUGGAAAGACUGCCUCGCGGAAUUAUAAUCGUCUUGCUAUUGGACUUUUGAUUCUGGGGUAUUUAGCUGAGGGUGUAACGACGUUUGUGCAAGAGAGUCAGCAGAGUAAAGAGCCUGAGACGAUACAUCUUGUCGUGCUGCUGUCGCUAUGGGCGUUUGUUUGGAGUCAUCGCCAUGCGCCACGGUUAUUGGUCCUCGGAACAUCGCUUAUUACUCUUGCAUUUGAGAUUCCGUUGCAAAUAUUUUCUGCCAUCAACAGCCGGAAUGAUGUCUAUCAUGUCGUGCAACUCGCCUCACAGACAUUCAGACUCCUACCCCUUCUUUUUCUCACAGUCUACCAUCUCUCCAACAGUGGUAGAUACUACACCCCCGAUUCAGAAGCAGAGGAAUCACAACCCUUCCUCCAAUCAAACGGUCAUGUAAACGGCAGAGCAUGCCCAAGCUACGGAACUGAAACAUCUUCAAGCACCGAAUUCGAUGACGAUGAGUACAUGUCAGGCAGUGAAUCCGACGAAGAUGUAAUCGACAUCAAACGACAACGAGCCAAGAAGCUCAAAGAGAAGGGAGGUUGGUUAGGUUACCUCUCCGACUUUUCCAUCUUCCUCCCCUUCUUGAUCCCAAAGAAAGAUCGCAAAGUCCAACUCUGCAUCCUGAUCUCCCUCUUUUGUAUCCUGGCCACUCGAGUCUUCAACAUCCUGGUUCCUCGUCAACUAGGUAUCGUGGCAGAUCAACUCCUCGCCAAGCAGAACCCCUUCCAUGCUUUGUUCAUCUGGCUUAUCAUGAGUCUUACCUCACACGACGUUGUCGUCGGACUUAUCGAGUCUAUGGCCAAGAUCCCGAUUAAGCAGUUCUCAUACCGAUCUCUCACGAAUGCAGCUUUCAACCACGUUCUUUCGCUGCCUAUGGAAUUUCACUCUGAGCGUGACUCGGCGGAGGUUAUGAAGGCUAUCGAACAGGGUGAAGCAUUAACGAAUGUGCUUGACAUGCUUAUCAUCGAAAUUCUCCCAACCGUCGUCGAUUUGGCUAUCGCUUUUGUCUUUCUAUACUGGAAGUUCAAUAGCUACGUUGCUCUCGCUAUGGCCGUUGGAUCAGUCCUCUUCGUCACGUUCGAAGUCAAAGCUACAGGUUGGAAUCUCGAUAAUAGACGAGAGUCGACAAAGUCGAAGAGGGAGGAAGUUCGUGUUAUGCAUCAGGCUGUUCAAGGCUGGCAAACCGUUACGUACUUCAACAUGUUCAACUAUGAGAAGUAUCGCUUUGGAUCUGCUGUCAAUAAGCAAUUGUCUGCUGGUCUGAACUAUGAGAAGAGGGAUGCUUAUAUUCAGGGACUACUGAACGCUCUUAUUCCUUGCACUUUCUUCACACUGGCGAGUCUUGUUAUUUAUGACGUUUGGCAGGGUGAUUCAUCGCCUGGUGAUUUUGUAUUCUUUAUUCAGUAUUGGGAGUACUUGGUCUGGCCGUUGAAGUUCCUGUCUCAUAGCUACAGGCAGCUCAUGUCAGAUUUAGUCGAUGCUGAGCGUUUGCUCUAUCUGCUUCAGACGAAGCCGACUAUUACCGACAAGGAGGGUGCUAAGGAUCUGGAGAAGGUCGAGGGGCGCGUUGCAUUCCAUGAUGUUUGCUUCUCUUACGAUCCCAGAAAGCCAACUAUCCAUGACUUGUCGCUGUCAGUCGAGCCUGGACAAACUGUCGCUUUGGUUGGAGAGACAGGAGCUGGCAAGUCGUCUAUCAUGAAGUUGCUACUUCGUUUCUACGAUAUUGAUGAAGGAUCUAUUACGAUUGAUGGCUAUGACAUUCGGGACAUCACUCUCAGCUCCCUGAGAAAUGCUCUCGGUGUAGUUCCUCAAGAUCCACUUCUCUUCAACGCAUCGAUUCUUGAGAACAUGCGCUACGCUCGACCCUCUGCCACCGACGAGGAGAUUUACACCGCUUGUCGAGCAGCAGCUAUUCACGACAAGAUUCUAACCUUUGUCGAUGGAUAUAACACGGAGGUCGGAGAGCAAGGAGUCAAGCUAUCAGGAGGAGAGAUUCAGAGACUCGCCAUCGCUCGAGUCUUCUUGAAGAACCCUCCAAUUCUCAUCCUUGAUGAAGCGACAAGUGCGGUUGACACGAAUACUGAGUCAAGUAUCCAGGGUGCUCUGGACGAGUUGAAGCGUGCGAGGUCGACAUUCGUCAUUGCCCAUCGACUUUCUACUAUUGUUAGUGCAGACAAGAUCCUGGUUAUUCACAACGGAAAGGUUGUUGAGUCUGGAACACAUGCGGAAUUGAUCUCAAUAGACGGAAGGUAUAAGGAGUUAUGGAACAAGCAGGUCGGGAAUAAAUAGGCAUAACAUAGACGAGCAUGGAGUUUAACAUAUUGUUUGGGUAUUAU